AUGGGGAGGUCGGAGGCGACGGGGCAAGGUCGUGCCCUAGCGUGCCCGUGGUCGCGUCCAUGCACGCUCUGGCGUGUCUGGGUGGCAUGGGCGCGUCCCUGCCUCGUCGAUUCACACCUCGUCUCCUCCCUGAGCUGGCACGAGCAGGUUUGUGGGAGUGAGGAGGAGCUAUUUGACAAGGUUAGCAGGGCUAGCAGGGAGGGUGACAUGGAUUAUCCAACCCGCCGGCGCUGGGUGCCACGCGCCGCAUCCAGCAUCAGCACCAACCGUAGGGAGCAACAGUCUCUUCCGAAUUCUGAAAAUCUCAACUUUCUUGGACUGGAUAAUCAGAGCGCGCCACGUCCGCCUCGGUGGCCGUGUGAGGCGCGCGCAGGAAGAGCAAUCCCCGGGAGUGGCAUACCGCUGUCUCCGGCGAGCCGGCAUGGAGGAGAGGCCAUAGAUCGCCGGCACGCGCCUCCGCCGCCGCCGGACGCGGCGGCGGAGCAGGGCCAGGAGCUGCAGCUCCCGGCGGACAUCGACUGGGACCGCCUCGACAAGUCGCGCUUCUUCCUCCUCGGCGCGGGGCUCUUCUCCGCCGUCUCCGCCGCGCUCUACCCCGCCGUCGUCCUCAAGACGCGCCUGCAGGUCGCGCCGGAGCCGCCCCCGGCGCACGCCGCCGCGGCGGGGGCGAGAGCCGGAGCGGGCCUCCCGCCCUCCGCUGCCGCCGCGGCCACCACCAUCCUGCGGCGGGAGGGGGCCCUCGCCUUCUACCGCGGCUUCGCCACCUCCCUCGCGGGAACCGUCCCCGCGCGCGCGCUCUACAUGGGCGCGCUCGAGGCCACGCGCUCCGCCGUCGGCCCGGCCAUGCUCGGCCUCGGCGCGCCGGAGCCCGCCGCGUCCGCGGUGGCAAGCGCCGCGGCCGGCCUCACCGCCGCCGUCGCCGCGCAGGUCGUCUGGACCCCCGUCGACGUCAUCAGCCAGCGCCUCAUGGUGCAGGGCAACCCGUGCCCGGCCUCCCGCUACCGCGGCGGCCUCGACGCCUUCCGCAAGAUCGCAGCCUCCGACGGCCUCCGCGGCCUCUACCGCGGCUUCGGCAUGUCCAUCCUCACCUACGCCCCCUCCAAUGCCGUGUGGUGGGCGACUUACUCACUCUCCCAGAAGGCAAUCUGGAGCGGGGUCGGCUGCUACCUGUGCCAGUACGGUGUGGGUGUGCGAGAAAUCGACCACGGCGAAGGAGACACCUCCUUCGAGCCCAAUUGCAAGACUCUCAUGGUGGUGCAGGGAGCCAGUGCCGCGAUGGCCGGCGGCGCCGCGGCGCUCGUCACCAUGCCGCUGGACACCAUCAAGACCAGGAUGCAGGUCAUGGACGGCCACGGCGAGCCAAUCACCAUCGGUCGUACCGUGCGCAAGCUGAUCAAGGAAGGCGGGUGGGGUGCCUGCUACAGGGGGCUCGGCCCGAGGUGGGCGUCCAUGUCCUUGUCGGCCACCACCAUGAUCACCACCUAUGAGUUCCUCAAGCGCCUCUCAGCCAAGAAGGGGCAUGACAGUGGUCCAUGACUUCUGAUGGAAGUAUAGAUAGUGCAAGUAGGUGUUUUUGCUUGGUUUGUUUCGUUCCUUUCCACAGCUUAUCUGAUCUUUCAGGUGUAGAAAAGAGAAUGGUGAUCAACUGUUUGUACAUAGUGUCUUUGUUGUAACCACAGCUUAUCAAUCAAAGCAAUCAACUUUAUUUCAGGUA